AUGAGGAAAACAAAAUGCAAGGAUUUGUGCACAACUGCUGUGGACUUGAUUCAAAGGUUAAUUGGAGAAGAAGGGUUCUCUGAGCAAGACCCUGAUAGAACACAGCUCACUACAAAGCGGCGUCAUGCCAACCAAGUCAUCACAGAGAGCACUGAAGUUUUGGAGAAACUAAAAAUCAUUUGCAUGGAAGCCAAACCCCAGAGGAGUAUUUCAACAGAGUUUAGGCCAUGGCAUAAGGUUAAGUUGCCGUCUUUAUCACUCCCGGAAUUUGAAGGGACAGAUGGAGAAUGGCCCCCUUUUUGGGAUGUUUUCGAGUCUAACGUUCACUCUCGUCCAGACUUGAGAGCUGUUGACAAAUUUAAUUACCUGAAGGGAUGUUUGAAGGGUGAAGCUCUAACUCUGAUUAGAAAUAUUCUUGUCACGAAUGAAAACUAUUUAGACGCCAUUGACCUGUUGAAGAAAACUUAUGCUAAUCCAGAGAAAAUAAUCUCAUCUCUAAUUUGUCAACUAGCAGGCCUACCUAAACCUUCUGCAGAUCUGGAUUCACUACGUAGCUUCUGGACUAAACUUGAACAAUAUGUUAGAGGCAUAGAAAGAAACAGACCUAAUUCGGAUCACUGUACCUGGACGCUUGGACCUCUAGUUUUUCAAAAACUACCUGGCAAGGUGAAAGAACAAAUCCAAAACAAGUGUGGACAGGACUACCCCUCACUCCUAGAUAUUAGAGAGGGGCUAGGAAAGGUAAUCCUGACCUUGUCUUCCUUGGAUUUUGAACCCAGGGAUAAGAACAAGGAUUACUCCCAUAGAAAACCCAAGCCUAACCAAAGUUCCAAUAGACCAGGUAAUCAGACCAAAACUCAGGUUAGUUCUUACACCCCUAAGAAAAACGAAGUUACGAAUCUGAGUAUUUCUGUCACUCCAGGACAGCCUAAUAAGACCGCUAGAACACAAAGUUGUGUAUUCUGUGAUAGACCAGAACACAAAGCCUACCAGUGUGACAUUUACAAGACCACGCAAGAGCGCAUCUCAAGACUUACCGCAAAAAAUCGUUGCGUGAAAUGCACUUCACCUAACCAUAAGACAACCGAUUGUCUUGUGAAGUUCCACAAAUGUCUGUCAUGUAAAACUGGACUACACCAUUCAGCAUUGUGCCCUGACUCCUCAACUGAGGUCUCUGCUGUGAACUAUUGUGGAGACAAUGACAGUGACAAAGACUUAAAGUCACAAACAAGUGGAAUUCUCCCUACCGCCUUAAUGAAAGUGGUGUGUCCGCCCUCAGGCAACACCAAGGAACUUAGAUCACUGUUUGAUUCUGGGGCGCAACGUACCUUCAUCACACAAGAGGCAGUGGAAGAGUGUAAACUUGUACGUGACAAUCCUGUCCAACUGAGCAUCAGUGGGUUCUGGGAUACCAAAGAACCUAGAGAAUAUAGUACGGUCACUGUACCUGUCAGGGUAAACGAUGACAGCCUUGUAACUUUAAAGGCUAUUGUCGUACCUAAACUACCUCAGAGCGCUAGGCCUCGUGGACUCUGUAAGAUAGUGUCUGAACUGAAGAGCCAGAAUGUCACCCUAGCUGAUCCUAACUUGUCAAGUAGUCAGAUUGACCAGGUGAAACUGCUUGUUGGCAUAGAUCACUACUUUGACUUUAUCCAUUCUCCACAAGCAAACGGAGUGAACCUGAUUGAGUCCUCCUUAGGAUAUCUGGUCGCUGGUAAACUGCCUAGUAAUGACACCCCUAUCAGUGCUCAUUCUGUAACUGUAAUGAGACUAGCAGUUGAUGAACCUUCCAAAGCUGCUCUAGAGAUACCACUUGAGAUGUCUGAUAGCAAAUUUGCUGAAGACCCCAUCCAACAGCUUUGGACCCUAGAAUCAGUCGGAAUCAUUGAUCAAGAUAUGUCACCUGAGGAUAAAUUUGUACUGGAAGAAUUCAAGAAUUCCAUCAAUAUGGUUGAAGGACGAUAUGAGAUCAUCAAAGAACAACUGUCUCUCGGCUUCAUUGAAACAGUGCCAGAAGAAGACCAAAACCGGACAAAUGUCCAUUAUUUACCCCAUUUACCUGUGAUUAAGGAUUCAACUACAACGCCCAUUCGUAUUGUAUUUGAUGCAAGUGCCCGGAUGGACAAGCAGGCCCCUAGCCUGAAUGAUUGCUUAUACUCUGGCCCAUCCUUGACUAGUCAUUUAACCGACUUGUUGUUGAAAUUCCGUCUCGACCCAUUUGCGGUAUCGGCAGACAUCAGCAAAGCCUUCUUACGGAGUCAGUAUUUCCCAGAGGAGUUGUCAUACCUUAACAAGAAUUCCCACAAAAUUCCAGCCAGAAUUAAAAAAAGCCUAGGCUUGUUCCUGGAUGAGAAUGGACUUUUGCGAUGCACUGGGAGACUACAAAAUGCGGACCACCUUCCAUAUAGCAGUAAAUUUCCUCUGCUUUUACCUCCAAAUUCUCCUUUGACUGGACUUAUAGUCAUUCAAGCACAUGAAAAUGUUCUUCAUGCAGGCGUUCAAGACACAAUUUGCAAGGUGAGAGAAGAAUACUGGAUACCAAGACUGAGACAGUGUGUCAAGAAGAUGAAAAACGAAGUGUUCACCUAUGUAACCGCUCUGGAAGGACCUGCAUUGCGCAGGCCUCCUCCGCCCACCUCUACCGGCUUGCAGAGUGAACAGUCUCCGGCCAUUUGA